AAAAUAAUUACGUACAUUUAUGUGUGUAUAUACACAAACAUACACUCACACACAAUAAAUAAAAUCACGCAGAUCCAACUAAACUGAGAAAAACAGCAGUGAAAAAAGGUGUUUUUAGGAGGAGUGAGAAAAAAAGUUAGUUAAACUCGAUAGCAAUGAGUUCAAAAAGACGUUAUUCGCUAAGCGAAACACGUAUCGAGGAGCAUCUUAAAUUAUUGGAAAAAUUAGAAACACUGCCUUUGGCUGAUAGUUGCUGUGAUAUAUGUCAUUGUGAUUGUUAUAAUAGUCAUCGUAGUGAAACGGAGGAAUGCUGCCUAAAGGAAAUCAAGGACAUUAAGAAUAUACAAGACAAGUUACUGCCAGUUGAAGUGUUGAAGACAAAUGUAAAGAAAAAGAUAAGUGCUUCCACACCACCAACUACAAAACCAAGUGUUAAAGUUAAAUCCAAUAAAAAAUAUUCCAAUGAAACACAACUGCCAAAUGAAAACUUAACUUUUGCCAGAAAAUCCAGAGACUCUGAUAUACGUAAGAAACGUAAAGGCAAGAAACGUUCAAAAAGUGUUGGUUUGCCCAGGAGUCAAAGUCAAUGUUCAGAACGUUAUUAUACUAGAGAUUGUGAAAUAUUACAAAAUCUCUUAACCUCACUGGAUGAUAAAAAUUUAACGAAUUUAGAAAUUGUAGGCAAAUCUACAGAGACUCAGAAGGAUACUAUGCUUAAUACUUCCAGGACUAUAGCAACACUGCCUCAAACACAUUAUUCCUUUUCCUAUCUAGAUGAUACCGACAAUAGUUUUGCGCCCAUAAGACUUAGUGAAUCAAUGGCCAAUUUAUGUUUGGCUCCUACCAUUAAAGAGGCCUACACUAAAGUACCUGAUCACGAUAAACGCAUUCUUAAUCGCAUGGCCACAAAACGUACCGAACAGGCUUUAGCCAAAGAGAAUGCUUGGCUAGCACGUAAAUAUUGGGAGAAUGAACGUUAUGAACGCGAACUUUUAAAAUGUGAACAAAUGGAAGAAUAUAAAAAGGCGGUAAGAGACAAACAAUUUCAGGAUUAUCUUCAAACGAAAGCCCGUCUCAACGAUAUUGCUCAACGUGAUUUAGAGGAAUUAAAACGUUUAAAGGAAUCACUACAGCAAAAAGAUGAUCGCACUAAGAAACGUUUACAAAGUUUGCGUAUAGAACGUGACAUGGCGGUCAAUCAAAAACGCUGUGAGGAAUUGCGUAAAAUCGAAUGUGUUAAUCUACAUCAAGAAGAACAAAAUCUAGACGAACUAUUGCGUAAAAGUGAAACCUGUCAACGUUUAACCGAACGUCUUAAGCGAGCCGAUCAUAUACGCAAUAAAAUGUUAGAAAACUAUUUGAAACGUUUACGCUAUGACAACUAUAUAGAACAAUUGCAACAUGAGGAACAUUGGCGUGAGGUGCAGUUAAAUGAACAAUUAAAACGUGAACAACUGAAAAAGCAAAUAUCUCGCAAACGUUGUCGUUCACAACAUUUUGUUGAAAGCAAACAACAACGUAAUGAAUGUAUACGUAAAACUGCUAAACUUUCAAAAAGCUUAAGAGAUAUUGUACGCUCAUCGGUAACUCCCGAAACGGGUGUUUCCCUAUUCGGUACAGGAGUUGGAGCAAAUAAUGUGGGCAUUAAUUCUCAACAUACUUUAAGUAAAUUGUUACUUGAUCGUCCGUUUUAAAAACGAAUUAAGCUUUAAAGCACUAAGUUCAAAAAGAUUAUUAGUUACGUGAAAUAAAUAUGAAAUGAAAAUUUUAAAAACUUCAGUGGCAAUUUUUCUUUGGAAUUUUAUAGGCUGAUGUGAUAUUUAUAGUGAGUAUUAUAAUAGGUGGUCAAAAAAUUAUAUUUUUUGUAUAAAAAAAGUUAUUGAUCCCAUCAACUUUUCUAAAGAAAAAUGUAACUUUGUUUCGAAGAAUCUUUGUAUAUAAAAGAUGAUCUAAUUCAGUUGCUAUAAUUCAGUUAACUUUUUAUAGAAAAACUUGAUCUUAUUCAGACAACUUUACCAUAGGAAAAAAUGUUGUGAUUAAGAAAUUUUGUCACACAUGGACAUAAUUUCUAUGCAAGAAGAAGCUCAAUUUCAUGCAACUUUCUAUAGGAAAUGUUACUCUUAUUUAAACAACUUUUCUAUAACAAAAGUUACUCUAAUUCACACACAGCUUUCUUAAGGACAUGUUGCUUUGAUUAAGAAGCUCUGCUUCCAUUUAAAAAAGAUCCUCUGAUUUUGACAAUUUUUUCUAUAAUUACUCUAAUUCUGAAUACUUUCCUAUAACUUUUUCUUAUAGAAAAUGUUGUCCUGAUUCAGUUAACUUAACAAGAGCGCUCAAAGGGGUG